CUCAUGCCUUUACUCCUUGAAAAAGAAAAAAGCUAAGAUAAAGAACUGUUUCCUUCUUUUUUUCACUGUUACUAAAAAAAACAGAUUCCAAGUAGGGUUGUUGGCUUACUUUUCAAUGUGUAAAGCUUGAAUCUCCUCCGAUUUCCGGGAGCUCUCAUUUUGGGAUUUUAGUUUUCUCUGCGGUGAAAGUAGUAGCAAUGAUAAAAAAUGUAUUCGCUUUGGGUGUUGCUCUUUUGCUUCUUCUUGGAAGUGUCACUGUCAGCUCAGCUCCCACUAGUUCUUCACCUGAAAAGAUCCUUAAUGAGUUUUUCUCUAAAUCUUUGUCUGCUUCCAUGAAAUGGUUAUGGUCACUCAAAACUACAACCAAAAAAGCAAUUACUGGGCGCUCAAUGGUGAAGUUUGAGAGUGGAUAUAGUGUGGAGACUGUGUUUGAUGGAAGUAAGCUUGGGAUUGAGCCUCACACUGUUGAGGUUUUGCCUAAUGGGGAGCUUCUGAUUUUGGACUCUGCUAAUAGCAACCUGUAUAGGAUUUCUGCUUCUCUGUCUUUAUAUACUAGACCAAGGCUGGUUGCGGGAUCUCCUGAAGGAUACCCCGGACACGUAGAUGGGAAGCCACGAGAAGCGAGGAUGAACCAUCCAAAAGGGUUAGCCGUAGAUGACAGAGGGAAUAUUUAUAUUGCAGACGCUAUGAACACCGCAAUCAGGAAAAUAAGUGAUGCAGGUGUUACGACAAUUGCUGGUGGAAAAUUGAGCCGGGGAGGGGGACAUGUAGACGGACCAAGUGAAGAUGCAAAGUUUUCUAAUGAUUUUGAUGUGGUCUAUGUCGGAAGCAGUUGCUCCCUUCUCGUUAUAGAUAGAGGAAAUCAAGCAAUCAGAGAGAUUCAACUACAUUUUGACGACUGUGCCUAUCAGUAUGGAAGUGGUUUUCCUCUCGGAAUCGCUGUACUUAUUGCGGCUGGAUUCUUUGGUUACAUGCUAGCCUUGCUGCAACGUAGAGUGGGCACCAUUGUAUCGUCCCAAAAUGAUUCAGUUCAAGUGAAUGCUGCUGUAUCGAGUCCAUAUCAGAAGCCCGUGAAAUCCGUCAGGCCACCUUUAAUUCCGACUGAAGAUGAACAUGAGAGGCAAGACAAAGGCUUCAUUGGAUCCCUUCGGAAACUUGUUCUCAAUGGCGGAGUUUCGGUACUUGAAAUUUUGGGAGGAGUAUUUCCUGGUUUUAGAAAGAAGUUGCCGAGCCCGCACCAGCAACAACCAAAGCAUUUGACGCCUUGGCCUGCACAAGAGAGCUAUGUGAUACCGGAUGAAGAUGAGCCUCCAUCGAUCGAUACCCGAGCCCCCACUCCGCGGAAGACAUAUCCUUUCAUGUCCAAAGAUGCAGAAAAGAUCCAUCAGUUGCGUCAAAGGCAGGUCUUCUACAACGGAUGGGAUGCCAAUAUGCAGCAUCAGAAACACCUCCAGCAUCGCUAUCAAUCAUCCGCCCUGCAUACUUACCAUGAGCAGAGCCACGAGAAAACCACCGAGUUCGUUUUCGAGGCAGUUCAAGAGGAAGACAGGAAGCCCGAAGCUAUGCUAAAAACCGUCGACAAUGGUGGCAACACCUAUGAUCAUCACAAUAUUCGCUUCCAAUCAAAUUCGGAUUUCAAUCAUGGCUAUUAAAUGCACAGCAGACAUAAAUUUGGGGUAGAGAAAGUAUUAUUGUAAAUUU